UUUACGCUCUUGCGGAUCAGGCGAUAGAGAUGACCUGCUCCCACUGCAAGGUGACCAUGUUGAAGGGCCAAACAGCUUACCAGAAGAAGGGAUUCACGGACGUCUUCUGCUCCAAAAACUGCUUAUUUGAAAUGUUUCCCAUCAACAAACCAGUGCCCAAGACCUGUCAUCACUGUCACAAGGCGAUAUCGCAGCCUCUGGACCUCAUCAUGGCUGCAGUGGACGUUAAGGGCACUAUGAAGGACUUCUGCAGUGUGACCUGCCUAACCUCUUUUAAGUCCCCCCCACAGUCGAGCUGCAGCAUGUGCAACAAAUCCUGCACUACCACAUGUGAGUUGACCCUGAACAAGGCCGUUCACAAGUUUUGCAGCGACUCCUGCUUAGAAAAUUUCCGCAGGGACAACGUGGGCGUCUGUGAGAACUGCAGCUCCUCCUGCUACAAACCGCUCAUGCUGAUGCUGGAGGAAGAGACCAAAACGAUCUGCAAGGAAGAAUGUCUGGAGGAGUUCAAAGAGAAAAUCCAGACGCCCCACCAGUGCACCAUGUGUGAAACUUCUCGACCGAUGUCGGAAAUGGUUCAUCAUAAAAGUGAUGAGAACACAGUGGAGCUUUUCUGCACUCGUACCUGUGUGACGUCUUACACAUUACGGCCCGCAAUCGUAUACAAACUUCAAGGAAAGAAAGGCUCAGAUGGGUUGAAGAAGAAGAAAUACAAGCAAUCAAAUGCGACAUUGAUUAUUAAGGAUGCAAAGACCACUUCAGACUCCGCUGUAAAUGAAAAUGACGCAUCUGCCGCUGAUUCGGACACACCAACUCUGAUCAUUACAGACUCGUGUGUUCUCUGUUGCCACUGUGGAAAGAAACUGCCGAAAGGACAGACUCUUUACCAGCCGCAGAACUCCCCGGAGGUUUUUUGCUCAUCCUCUUGCCUCUCUGAAAGGCAUCCCAGCAUCAAAGUAGCCACCAAGAACUGCUACAACUGCUUUCAGGUGAUAAUGCGGCCUCACAACAUAAUCCUCGCUCCGGUUGAUGAUUCGGGAACUAUGAAGGAAUUAUGCAGCAACACCUGCCUCUCUUCUGUCAACUCAAAGAGGAAAAUUACUGCCCCACAACCCCCACCUCUAACAGGACCUCGGUCAGAGUGCAGGAUGUGCGCCAAAUUCUGCUUUUGCAAAUUCAAGCUGAACCUGGAUGGCUUAAUGUACAGAAUAUGCAGCGACGCCUGCUUCAUCAACUACCACAAAGUCAACAACUUGCCCCUGUUUGCUUGUGACGUCUGCAGCUCCGUCUGCCACUACAAACGGUUCAUGCUGAAGAUGGAUGACGCCAGUAAAACCAUCUGCAGUGCAGAAUGUCUGGUCAAGUUUAAAGAGAAAAUUGAGACACCUCAGCUGUGCCCCAUGUGCCAGACGUCCCAUCAGAUGUCAGACAUGGUUGAAAAUGAAAACGACGAGGGCAGUUUGGACUUCUUCUGUAGCAACAGAUGUAUGGUGGUACACAAGGCUCAAUCGUUAACCGUUUCAGGAAGGAACUGCCCAUCAUCCAAAGAAAAUGAUGUUAAAGAAGUGAAGCCACCACUACCAAAUUUGGACUUUAUAAAAGAAGAGCCCAUUGAUGAGGAGUACAAUCAGAAUCUGUCAUCCUCCAUAUCCACAGAAAACAUCAAGGACGAGCCUAAUAGGGUGAAGGAGGAAUUGAAGAUUGGUUCAGUCUUUUCCUUGAAGGGAGACACACUCUCCCACUCGCCCACUCUCACCCACAUGGAUUUGCCUGCGUCUUGCUCCAGCUGCAAAAAGGUCCUGAUGGACGGAGAGACAGUUUAUCAGAGGAAGCUCCAUGCAGAUAUAUUCUGCUCCACCCCAUGCCUUUUGAAAUUUUACCAAAUUAAACAAGUUAGGAAGACCUGCCACUUCUGCCUUCAGGCAAUAACAAAGAAUGAGGACGUCCUUCCGGCCCCGGUGGAUACUGACGGCACAAUGAAGGAUUUCUGCAGCCAGACCUGCCUGUCCUCCUUCAACUACAAGAGAAUCAUGUCCACCAAAAUUCCCAUCGCACCAGUCGCGUCACAGUCACAAUGCAGCAUGUGCAGCAGAUAUUGCAUUAGCAAACAUGAAAUCAUACAGCAGGACGUCGUUCAUAAGAUCUGCAGUGAUCCCUGUUUUCUCCGCUUCUGCAACAUGAACAACCUGUCAGUCUGUGAGAACUGUCGCUCCAGCAGCAACAGACCCCUCAGUCUCAAGAUGGAAGAUGGCAGAAAGAAACUCUGCAAUGCAGAGUGUCUGGCUCAGUUCAAGCGGAAAAUCACAACACCACAGCCGUGUGCCAUGUGCUGCACUUCCCAUUUAAUGUCCGACAUGGUUGAAAACAAAAACGGUGACGGCACAGUGGAGCUCUUCUGUUCGAGCAGUUGUGUUAUGGCAUCCAAGAUCCAGGCUGUCAGUGCAUCAGGUAUUCCAUUGAAUUGUGACAACAACUGUGGUAAGACUACAUUACCAGCCUGCCACCUCGCCAUGUCAGAUGCGUCCAUCAGAAACUUUUGCACUCUCACCUGUGCCAUGGCGUUUAAGGAGUCCCAGAAAGACAUGAAGUCUGCCACUAGCCCAACAGGAGCCCCCGACCAAACCCAGUGUGAUUUCCUCAAACCACCAGGGAAACUGCCGUGCGCUCAGUGUCGACGCAUCAUAAAAGCUGCGCCCCAAGUCGUACAGAAAAAGGGCAAAAUGAAUUUUGUGUGUAGCCUGGCCUGUUCUCAAGAGUUUAAGAGGGUCAACAACAUCAUGGGCAAGUGUGAAUAUUGUAAGAAUGAAAGGAUCAUCACAGACGCCAAGAGGGUCGACGGCAAAGACUGCUACUUCUGCAGUGACGGCUGUAAGAUGCUCUUUCAACAUGAUCUGGAAAAGCAGUGGGGGGAACACUGUAGCUCGUGUGCCUACUGCCUCUCCAUCUCUCAGACGGUGGUGACGGCACAGUUUAAAGGCACUAAAGAGGAGUUCUGCUCUGAAGAGUGUAGCUCAAAUUACCAAAUGCUCUUCUGCCAUAUUGCCAAGUGUGACACCUGUGGUCACGAAGGGAAACUGAGGCAGAGUCUUCCCAUGCUGGGAGAGGUCAAACACUUCUGUGACCUGAAAUGUCUCCUACAUUUCUGCAACAAAAAGGUCCAGAUGGUCAACGCUGUCUCUUCACCUCCUGGAUCUGCAGGCGCAACAGAGUCCUCCCCGGUCAUCGCUAACGUUAUCUCACUUGCUGGUGCUUUGGCCAGGCAGCCCAGUGCCUCUGCCAGCUCUGCACAGCAUGUUUCUCUCCCAGACAUUCAAACAAAGGUUGUUGGACAUGCCAGUAUUCAAACAGUGCCCAAGGAACUGAAGAACAAGUCCAUGCUUUGCACACCGCUGGUUCACAACAAAGGAGUCUCCUGUACAACACAGACUGUCGACACAGAAGCACAGACAGACAACUUUGAACCCACAGUCAUAGUCCUGCCUGUACCGGUGCCGAUGUAUGUCCCUUUGCCUAUGAACAUGUACAGCCAGUACACACCAAAGCCAGUGGGCCUGCCCUUACCGCUUCCUGUACCCAUUUUUCUCCCCGUGACGCCAGACAACGCUGACCCAACUGUGAAAUCCAUGAAGGAGAGCAUCCAGCCUGACCCUAUCAAGGGAGAGCUCAACUUAAAGUCUGAGAAGAAGAAAACGCAAGAUAAGAGGAACGAGAGCGAAGACAGGCAAAAGGAGAGAGUGGUGACAAAAGAGGGACAAAGACAAGAAAUUCGCACUCCAAAGGGAAAACCACCUCCCGUUUUAGAAGUGGGAAUGCCCGUUGAGCCUCAGCCUGAGAUCCUACCUCCUGCUCCUCCUCUUGCUCUGGAGAUGAGAGAGGAACCCCAGAGCCCACCUAACCCUGCACCGGCACCUCCUCUAGUACAACAACCUGUGGGGAAAGUCCACAACAAGAGAAGGCUGCAACAGUUUACCAAGGCGGCUAAAAAGAAGACAUCUCAAAGAGGCUUUUCCAAGACCGUAUCCAGGAAGCACCACAAACUGAAUAGCCAAAGUGGAAUUGACGCCUGGAAGAGAUGGGUACAAUGGAGGAAAUCACAAACCAACCUGGACUUUGUUUCCUCACAUGCCGUGACAUUAAAGGAGGAUGUUCUUCACUGCUCUGCUGCCGAGCUGAGCAGCGGCCUUUGUUGUUUCAUCACUGAGGUGAAACAACCCGAUGGAGAGCCGUACUCCCCUGACGGCCUGUUCUACCUCUGUCUCGGUAUACAAAAGUACCUGUUUGGGAACAGUCGUAUGGAGAACAUAUUCAGUGAUCAGAUGUACAACAAGUUUUCCACUGAGUUCACCAAGAUCCUGAAAGGUUUCAAACCCUCAAUCGCAGCCAGCGGUUACAUCCAUUCCCAUGUGGAGGAGGAGUUCCUGUGGGACUGUAAACAGUUGGGGGCGUACUCACCCAUUGUCCUCCUCAACAGUCUGCUCUUUUUCUGCUGCAAGUACUUUGGCUUCACCACGGUGGAGCAGCACCGCCAGCUGUCCUUCGCCCACAUCGUGAACUGCAACAAAACCAACGAGAAUAACACCAAGACCACUUUCCUGCGCUUCUGCCGAUCAAUAUCAAUAAACGAGUCAGAUGCAGACGGCGUCCCAGCUAAGAAGCGUAAGAAACGUGAGAGUAAAGAGGAAGUGCUGGAGAUGACGGAGAACACGGAGAACUUUCUCCGCUGUCCAGUCAGACUCUACGAGUUCUACCUCUCCAAGUGCUCAGAGUCGGUGAAGCAGCGCACAGACUUGUUCUACCUUCAGCCAGAUCCUGGUUGUAUUCCCAGCAGCCGUCUGUGGUUCUCCUCCACCCCUCUGGACAACAGCACCAUGGAAGCCAUGCUUGUACGAAUCCUCGCCACCCGAGAGCUGCAGGGGGGAGGUGGAAGAGGUGUGGACCAGCAGGCGCCGGAUGAUGCGCUGUUUAUAUCUGAGGAGGAUUCAAAAUGAUGGCUGGCAGUUUUGUUGUUUUUGUUGAACUGUGUUUAAAUCUGGUUUAUCAUGUUGCAUUAAAAAAUUUAUAAAUUGUUCAGAGAAAUACAUUCCAUCAAACAGAAAUAUAGAAAUUAAGUCUCUCAAACUCACGUAAAAUGAGUUGAUCUACAAAUAAGACUCAGUUCAUCUGCAUGUUUUGAUGAAAUCGUGCAAGGUUAAAUGUUUUGUUAAAUACUGAACGCUCACAUCCAUGUUCUGUGAUUGCUUUAAUCUCUUACAUUAAAUAAACAGCCUUUAUUUACUUACAUUACACCCAUCUUAUUAAGAAAAUGAAGUAGCAUAACACUACAGAUAAGUCUAAAAUAUUUCUGUGAAAUCAUCCCUUGAUGUCUCAUCAACUUUAACAGAUGAAGAAAAAAGUUAACUGCUCAUAUAAACGGUUUGUCAAGUCUUUGGUUUGUUGAAUGUUGAUGCUUUCAGUUCUGACCUGAGAUUUAGUUAUUUUUUAUUUUUGAUAAAUAAAAAUACUGAAAAGUAA